GGAGAUGGCAAUAACUUCGUACGAUUAUGUUUCUGAUAGAAAUGGACCGAAGUCGUCGUGCUCAAAAUAUUCAAAUAUAAAUCUCUUAAGUUCAAGGAAAAUCAGCUGCACUACGAAUUCAAGUUUAACCAGCAAUAAUAAAUGUAAUAAAACUAAAAUCAAUAAAUACAUAUCGCCCUAUUUCUCUGACGACAGGAUUCAACUACUAUCACGCGUGACCGAAAAGAGGUUUUUACAUAAAAAUCACGAAUUUAUGUCCUCUUUUCCUUUAGCUAUAAACAUAUAUAAAGCUAACUCCGACGAUUUAAGAUCGUCAAAGCGAUUCAGUAAGAACGUAAAAAAAUCUGUCUUAACUCUUCCUAAUGAGCCUACACCAUUACCUCAAGAGUGUACUGUUAGUGACAUGAAUGAUUCAGAAUAUUUUAAUGACGAUAAAGUUUCUAUAAAACCAAAACAAAAAAAGAAAAGGGUAGUUCAAUCAAGAAAGAAAUCACGUGUACGUAACAGUCAAAUCGAUCUAUAUGAAUCCAACGCAAAGAACUAUUCACAAAUAGGAAAUAACUUAUAUAAAAGUUCUAAAGAUGUGGUUAAUUUUACUGGUGGAGAUGUAGAAAAAUUGAAAAGAUCAGCAAACAACAAUACAACUCUUAAGUCAAAUCGUAAUGCUCAUGAUGUUUGGACACUUCUACGUAACAUCAAUCAUUUCAAAUUUGUACCGUCACCACCUGUCUCACAAGAAAGUAGCGUGAUAUCAGUAAUAAAAGUUAAAAAAAGAAAAAAUAAUAAACAGCGUACUAAUCGAAAAGAUACGAGAUUCAUUGAAACUUGUAGAACGGAGGAAUUUGCUUAUAUUUCUAGUUUCGUUGACAAUUCUCCUAAUAGCUGUUCACAAUCUAGUUUUGAUCGCAUUACUGUUAUUGAAAAACAAAAUGAAAUUGAACAUAUCAAUUGUAAUGGAGUGAAAAAUCAAAUUGAGUGUCCAAAAAAUUCGUAUAGGUAUCAUAGCGGGACCAUGCGAAAUAUUGAUAGAUCAAAAAAAUCGAAAUCAAAACAUAGUAACUUAAAAGGAAGAAUACAUUUAGUUAAAAGCACUGACAAAAUUAUUAUUGACAGAAAAUUAUUACCUGAAAUCCAAAGUAGCAAUGUGCUUUGUCAAAACAAAAAUAAAAAGUACCAAAACAGUGAAAUAGUUCAGCAAAAGAGUUUUAAAAGUAAUGAGAACAAUUUAAUGGAAACGAGACUUAGUAAUAAUGUUAAUAUUAAUAACAACUUAAUGACUAAACCAAACCAAAAACAAAACAAAAUUUAUGACUUUAGUAACCGUUCUGAAUUCUCAGUAAAAUCCGAUUCAAGUAAAGAAGGUAUUAUUAAAUGUAAAAGUAAAACGAUUUCAAGCAGAAUUGUAUUGGAAAAUCUAACUCCCAAUGAGUCACAGCAAGAUAUUAGUGGUAUUACAAAAGUAGUAUUGAGUAAAGGCCAAAAAAUUCUGUUAACAAAACAAAUUGCAGCUUUGCAAAGAAAAUCUCGUACAACAACGCCGGUCAAUUCUGAAAAACCUAAAAUUUCUUUAACAUUAUCUGAAAUAAAACGAAAGAUAAGAAGCAUAAGAUUUCCUUUAGUAAUUUUGGCGAAAGAUCAACUUAGUUCUGCAAUGAGGGUAGAAAACUAUGAUCCACCACAAUUCGCAGGUUUAGAUGAACAUAUUUGGCCUUUUAUGCGUUUGUGGUGCGGAAAUAGUGAUGAAAAUUUACUAAACAGUAGUAAUAAUAAAAGAAAUUACUAUUCAAAUUUGAAUUGUGAAGCUUGGAACACGAAUGACCAUUACACUAACGAAAUUUGUGAUUUAAAGGAGCAGAAUAUUACUUUACCGAUCAAGAAAAAAGAAAAAUCUUUAAUAAAGAUUAAACCAAUACAUACGAUUAAAAACAGAAUGAAACAAUUUAUGCACAAAAAAACCUGUCUUGAUAGUGAAGUUUGUUACAAUAUUAAUAGUGUGAAGACGGUAGAUAUUGGUGUAAAUACAGUAAAUAAUUUCAGUUCAUUAAAACGAUACAGUACAGAAUUAAGAAAAGAUACAAAAAUAACCACAAAAAAUUCAACUAAUAUCAGUUAUGCAAAGAGUAAAGGAAAAUGGGCGAGCGACUUUAUUGAAAAUGUUAUUCAGAAAAUCAAAAAUGGGAUUUAUUACUCCCACGACGAUAAAACGGAAAAAAGAGAUCUUUGUAGUAAUAUAAAAGAAGAUGGGGUGCAACCAGAUAUUGAAAACAUAAAAAUUGGUCCUAGUUGUGAUUUCGUCAACGAAGUAAAAAAGGAAAUUUAUAGUGAUAUUGAUAAGAUUGUGUUGAUUCCAGGUUUUGACAAUAGAUUUUCAGAUUUAGAAAUUGAGACCUUAAAUAACUUUAAUAGAGUAGAAGUUAAACACUGUGUCGCAAACAUUAUUAUUCAGUUUGAUGUAGCGUUAUCAUUUGAAAGCGAUCGUGUCCUUCAAAUUAAGCAAUCAUCACAUGGCACACAUCCUUGUGUGCCAGUAUCGUUAGACGAAAAUCAGCCAACUAUUUUUAAAUGUAAAACGACUAUCAUCAAUGCAAUACUUCCUGCAGAACUUUGUAGUAUUCUACCCCAAAUAAUGGAAAAGAUAAUGCAUUUAAAUUCUAAGCUGGCCUUGUCAAGUUCAACUAUUAAUAAUAAUUCUAAUUUAUCAACAAUUGCUGAAAUAACCCGUUGUGAGAGUGAUUCAAAUAAAUAUUCAAUACCAGUCCAUAGUGAUCCCAAGUUAAAGAUGAAUAAUGUUAUUGAAGGAAAUUUUUCAUCACCGUAUAUUAUUAAAACUGGAAAAAGACAGAACAUUCAAUCAAAAUGCUUACAAUUACUUGAUUGGACAAAUAUGAAAGAGCUGUUGAUUGUACAAAAUAUUAUAAAUUUAUUACCAUUAAAUGCUCUUAUAAUUAGACUAAUUAACUCUCUUACUUACUGUAAUAAAACGACGCCUAAGCCUUCCCCAGUUGGUGAUGUUAUGUCAAGAAUAGUAAGGACUGCACCUUGUAAAACUUUACAACCGUACCAGUUUUCUGAAAAAAAGAUUUUAUCUAUACGUGAGAAUUAUACUUUUACGCACAUAGUUAAAAAUAUAUUGAGGUCACAAAAAUUGAAUAUAACUGCUUCCCACGAUUCUCAUUUUAAAGUUAUGUUAUUUAAAUAUAGUUUCAAUAUUAAUGUUGUGAGGCCUGAUAAUAGUCGAUUCAAUCUGACUAUACCAAAUAUAAAGAUAACUGAUCUUCAUAAUGACCUAAGAGAUAUUAAUGACGAUGGUGUUAACAAUAAACUAUCAGUUACUUCUAACUUAGAUACAUACUAUGCUCCAAAAGUAAUGACGAAGCCUCCGUGCACAUCUAAGUUGGAUAAACGUAAAAGUACAGUUGAAUUAUGUGUCAAAACUGUUAGAACAAAACAGAAAAGUUAUGUUAAACUGUAUAAAAAAUGUAAAUCAAUGUCAAACAUAUCAACAAAUAAGUCUAGCAUGAAUUUAACGAAAAUCACUAAUUUGGAAGAAUUUUACCUUGCUAUGGGUUCUGGAAAAAUGCUGUCUGGAGUUUUAGAUGGAAAUGUGGCAAGAAAGAUAUUGUCAUCUAUAAAAGAGAUGAAAAAUUGGAUGACUGACAUAACACCCAGACAGGCUUUGUUAGUUUUAUUGUUAGCGAAUAAAAAGAAUACAACAAAUUUGGUUCAGUACCGCUCUCUUAUAUUACAAGGCAUAGCGGUAAAUAGAAUCACGCGAUCUUCUGAAUUGGAUAUGGAAAUCGAAGUAAUAGAGCGGGAGAAUUUAAACAUAUUAUCUAAGUACGAAGGAAUAACUUAUUUACCUGCGUCGGAGGAAAAUCAGGACACACUUUUAGAGGAACUUUGUUGGAUAGCUAAAACUACAGCUUCGGAUUACCAAAAACCAUUUGACGAGUCUUCUGAACGACUCUUAAAGUCUCUAUUGGCAAAAAGAAAAAAAUUAAACCCUUCUUAUCUCCGAGUAAUGGCACGCUAUGUCGGUCUUGGUCUUCUGAAAACGUCAAAAUAAUUUUAUUCACUAAUAAACAUGAUAUAAAAUUGUGAUGCAAUCUUAAAAGUUGCACUUUUGUCUUUGUAUUUUGUAAAUUAUAUUAUUUAUUUAUACCUGAAA